GGGUUAAAUUCUUUGCAGUUCACAAUUCUUAAUCAUUUUCGUGUUUAGGUCAUAACAGUAUGCUUGUUUGUAUGUCAACGAACUCAUCAAAAUUAUUCAUGAAUUUGAGCGUAGUGUGUACAUUAAUGGCUAAUGUAUCUGUUUACCCUCGAAAAAUCCUAUUUUAGAGUAUGUUAAUUUUUCACUUACCUAAACGUUUUACAGUUUAACGAAAAAUUUGAAUCGUUUCAAUUGUACUCGUUAAGAAACAACAAUGAUUACACUCACAAAGAGGUUACUAAUGGGUAACCAAAAAUCAGAAUUUUCAUUUUUUAGGAAAAAAGUCAAUGGUGAUUUGUCCCAAAAAUCCUUUAUAUCAUAUAAAUUUUAUAAAACAUUGAAUUUACCAAUACCUCCAAAACGUCCUUUAAACCCAUAUUUUAAAUUUCUUCAAAACACAAGAUUGGCCAUUACUCGUGAUAAAGAACACUUGAAACCACAUCAAGUCGUUAAGUUAGCAGCUCAAGAAUGGUCUAAUAUUGACCCACAGAAAAAAAAAGCACUUCAAGAACAAUAUUCUCUAGAAAUUAUGUCUUACAAUCAAAAUGUAAAAGCUUACAAACAAAGUUUAACUCAAGAACAACGUGAUGUUAUAAAAAAAAAAAAAGAAGACCAGAAAUUUUCUGAAGAACUCACUGAAUUAAACAAGAAAAUGACUGGCUUAGGAAAACCUAAAAAGCCCAUGUCUUCAUUCAUUAAAUUUAUGACCGAGCAAAACCUUGAGAGAAACAAAGGCAUCAAAUAUAGUGAAUGGUUGAAGAGCGUAGGGGAAAAAUGGAAAAGCACACCUUAUCACAUUAAAAAAUUGUACGAAGAUGAAGCUAAUCAAGCUUUAACUCUAUAUAAAGAAAAAAUGAUGAUGUGGGAAAAAAAAAUGAUAUCUGAAGGUAACGAUGAUAUUCUAAAGAAAAUAAACUCACUCAGAAAAUUGAAAAAAAAAGAUUAAUUUACUAUUAAAUGUGAAGCCUUGAAGAGCUCAGAAAACUUAAAAUAACUUUUUAUUGUUACAUUGUUGAACCUAUAUAAAUAAUAAAAUAAUUUUAUAGUCAUUAA